CUACACCAAGUAAGCUGCGGAGUUAGAAAACUGGGACCACAUUAACAGAUGCGACUUCACUGCAAGACGUUCACUCUGAAAAAGAAGCCAUUCUGAUCCAAGGCCACAUGGUUGAUAUUUGGAAGCAGUAUUGAUUGAGUGCAGAGGAAAUGGGGCAGAAACCUUCGCAACAGUCGGCUCCCAAGGACAGCCAAGAGGUUGUCAGCGUCUGUGAGGUGUUCAGUGGAGCUAUCGUGCAUGCCGCUCAGAAAUUGGAGGAGUACCUUGGAUUUGAAGACCCUCUGAGCAAUCUGAGCCCAGCUCCAGACACUCUGAAUGAGAUCUUCUUAAUCCACUUCGUUACUUUCUGCCAAGAAAAGGGCGUUGAUGAGUGGCUCACCACCACCAAGAUGACCAAGCACCAAGCCUUCCUGUUUGGGGCCGACUGGAUUUGGACCUUUUGGGGAUCUGAUAAGCAAAUAAGACUCCAGCUGGCGGUACAGACCCUGCGGAUGUCUUCUCUUCCUCCUGUAGAGUCUAAGCCUUGUGAGUCCUCCAACCCAGAAUCCAGGGCAGAGUCUUCCCGGAAGAGUAGAUUUGAAAAGCUGGACGAAUUCUGUAGCUUGAUAGGAGAGGAUUGUCUGGGCCUGUUUCUCAUCUUUGGUGUGCCAGGAAAGCCUAAAGACAUCAGGGGAGUUGUCCUGGACAGUGUCAAAAGGGAGAUGGCCAGGGGCCGUCUGCCCGGAGGGAAGGCAGUGGCACAAUUUGUCCUGCAAACUAAAGACUGUGUCUCUGUUAGAGAGCUGCUUGGAAGCUGUCUGACUAAGAAAGACGGGCUACGGGAGGUGGGCAAGGUUUAUAUUCGCAUCCUCUGAACUAGAUUGGUGUGAUGAGACUGGCCGGUGAGAUGAAAAGGAAAAGAUAUUUUCUUCUAAUAAGCAAGCCCUUCCACUUGGCAUCAUCCCGGCAUGGAAUGCCCCCUCCCUCUCCCACAUUGAAUGAAAAUGAUCACCUGGACAAAACAUAUGAGUGUCAUGAUUAUGGAGAUUUCCAUAUUGUUGGGAAAACUGACAAUUUAGCUUACUCUUUCAUUUAUUUACUCAAUGAUAAAAAUGGGAGGGGAGAAUAAUAAAGUCACCCUUAAAGUUU